AUGUAUUCUCACCAUUCACAUUCAGGAGAUUAUGUUGCACAUGGCUUGGAUUGCCUAGAUGACAUUGUUGCAGAGGCACUCAUAUUAGAUUUCAAAACAUACUGUUUAACAGAACAUAUGCCAAGAAUAACAGAUGAAUUGUUAUAUCCAGAGGAAUUUUGUUUUACGAACUUAGAUAAAAAGCAGAGUAUAUUGACUAGUGAUGAAGCUUUGAUAAGGCUGCAAGCACAAUUUAAAAAAUUUAUGCAUCAUGCAGAAUUGGUAAAAAGUAAAUAUAACAAUACCAAUGAGUACAAUACGACAUUCCUGAUUGGAUCAGAAAUUGAAGGAUGUGAUAAAAUUCAUAUAGAGUAUUGCAAAAAGCUAAUUAGUGAAAAUUCUAAUGUUAUUAAGUUUAUUAUUGGAUCUUUACAUCAUGUCAAUAACAUUCCAAUAGAUUUUGAUCAAGAAAAUUGGGUUAAAGCUGUGAAAUCAAGUAAGAACAAUAUUAAACAAUUUUUAAUCGAUUACUAUAACCAACAAUAUGAAAUGCUAGUGCACUUGAAACCGCUAAUUGUGGGUCAUUUUGAUUUAUAUAAACUUCUAAUUCCAAAAGAUUUAAAAGUUAACAUAAAAACUGGGGAUAUCAUUGAUAAGAACGAACAAUCGAAUAACGAGAAUAUUGUUUACCUAAAUGAGAUAGAUCUUACAACAACAUGGAAAGAUGUAGAACAAUUAAUAGUUAGAAACUUACAGUUCAUACACUCUUACGACGGGCUAAUCGAAAUCAAUACAUCAGCAUUAAGAAAAGAUUUAAAAGAACCAUACCCAGGUAAAAGUAUUUGCAAAUUGGCCUCUGAACAUUGCGACAAUAGAUUUCUGUUAAGCGAUGAUGCCCAUGCUGUAUCGCAUGUUGGAGUAUGCUAUAAAAAAUGUCUUGAAUUCAUAACUAAAGAAUUAGCACUUGAAGGGUUGUAUUACUUAACAGAAGAUCGACAAACCCACGAUAUAAGAAUAUGUUAUGAUAAAAUGAAUGACAUUAUAAAAGACCCCUUUUGGCAGAGAAUUGGAGACAAAUGA